ACAUGAGGACGACAUUUGUAGUCACCACUAAUGACCAAAUAGCACAUGAAUGAAUAUAUAAUACACACCCCCAUCUUCCUUCUUCAAAAAAUCAGUCCUAUGGCCCACCUGCACCUUUCUCUCCUCUUUGUGCUCCCUCUCCUUCUUGCCUGCAAAACAACCUCAGCCGCCCACCAUCACCACCAUGAUCAACGGCUCAAGAGCCUCCAUUUCUCCCUCUUCCAACAAGAAACGAUUAACAAGACCGGAUACAUCAUCGUCAAUGGAGUGGCGGGCCCGGGCGUAUCCCAAACGACCACGCCCUUCGGCACCAUCUUUGCCUUUCAGGACCCUAUGACGGCCACGCCAGCCGCUUCAUCGAGAGUCAUUGGCAUCGCUGAAGGCACAUCAAUCACAUCUUCGCUUGAUGGACUACGGAGCAUUUCAAUCGCCAAGAUCACUCUAAAAUUGAAGAACUACAAGGGGUCCAUUUCUGUUCUGGGUGGUACACAUAACAUCAAGCCAUCUGACCAUCCAGUCGUCGGUGGGACGGGCGAUUUCAUGUUCGUUCAAGGGUAUGUGCGAUCGUCGCCCGUUGAUCUGGCGGGCAUUACUGUUGUCUACAAGAUUGAAUUUCACCUGUACUGGCCACCCUAUGCAACCCAUGCAGGUUCUUAGUUGUGAAUGUUAUGUGAUAGAAAUGAUUUUUAUUUGUACUAGUGGGGCCCACUUCUUAGUGAUCCAUACCGUUGUUCUUAUGAAAAGGGCCCACUCAUAAAAGUUCUACUGCGAUUGGAAGAUCCUACGGUUGAUUUAUCGGCCUUCUUUCAGUUAAGUAUAGACUCUUGUUGUAUUUCUUUUCUUAA